AUGAUGUUUAAUUAUUGUUGUUUUUUAAUAUUUUCAAUUUUGGUUGUAUCAUGUCUCGGUCAAACAUAUAUUAAUUUCGAACCAUUUAGUGCUGGUGCUGGAUGUUCUGGUGCGUCAUCCGGCACUGGAUAUAGUUGGAUCGUUGGGGAAUGUGUAGAGUUCAAAGGAAACUACUACCUUAUUAAAUAUGAUGCUGAUAACAAGACUGCUACUUUUUAUCAAUGGGAGAACGAAACAUGUGGAACUGGUCAACCUGCCAGUCAACGUACAUUUGGUAUUGGUGGUUGUUAUCAUGUAACAUGGGCUGAUUAUGGUUGGUAUUACAACGUAAAUGAUUAUGCAGUUCCAUCGGUAGUUGUAAAUCCAGGUUACAUUCCAUCAUAUGGCUAUCGUGAAACCGUUUAUGCCAAGAGUGACAAUUAUUGUCAAGGUGAUUAUCUUAUGUAUUUCUAUUAUACAAAUAAUACCGUAUACAAAAACACAUUGCAAACAUUCCAAUUCUAUUGUGAUCAAGGUAUGCCAUUCGAAAAUGUUUGUACUAUGGGUAAUUGUAUCUCUACUACAAUGUAUGAAAGUUGUGAAGCUGGAUCAAAUAAUUUAAAUAAUUUUGCAAUCACCUGUUAG